AUUUUGUGCAUUAAACGACAGAAAAUAAAAUUCGAUUCUUACUUACGUACAUCUUAGAGCACAGGAGAACCACUAUAAAUUAGUGCAUACACACACUGUAAUCACCACCAUUCUCAACCCUCUCCCUUCAUUUUUUCUUCUUUCUGCUCUCAAUGAGAAGCCACUACUAAAGAAACAUAAUUAAAAAAUCAUUAGAUUAUUAUAUCAAAAUGCAUAGACACUCCCUUUUUCUCUCUUAUAUCCUUCUUUCCACACUCACUGUUGGUUUAGCAGUGGAUCAUGCAGGAGACAAAAACCAAAACCAAAAUCCAUUCACUCCAAAGGCAUUUGUAAUUCGCUAUUGGGACAGAGUCAUCAAAAACAACUUACCAAAGCCAUCUUUCAUUCUCUCCAAGGCCUCGCCACUUAGCGCGGCCGAUGCAUCGGCCUUCGCAAAACACGCGGUCGCCAACACACUCUCCACAAAGCUGCCGGAGUUCUGUUCCGCCGCACACCUCCUCUGUUUCCCUGAAGUAAAUCCUAGCCUAACAAAACACACUCAGGAUGGAGAAUUCUCCGUCUACAACGACGCUCAGAAUUUCACCAAUUACGGAACAGAAAGACCUGGAGGAAUUGACUCGUUCAAAAACUACUCCAACGGUUUCGAUAGCAAUCCGGUAAACGAAUUCCGGCAAUACAGCCGGAGUUCCGCCGGUCAUAACGAUAGUUUCACAAACUACGCUAUCGAAACCAACGUCGCUGAUCAGAAAUUCAACACCUACGGUUCCGGCGCCGCUGGUGGCUCCGGCGAAUUCAAAGAAUACGCUGAAAACACCAACGUCCCGAACCUCCGUUUCACAACUUACUCCGUCUCAACCGCCGGAAGAGAACAAUCGUUCAACAGUUACAGUGAAAACGGAAACGCCGGCGAUCAGAGUUUCGGAAAUUACGGCAAAGACUCCGCCGGUGCUCAAAACCGUUUCACGGAAUACGGAACGAACUCUAACGUUGCAUCGUCAGGUUUUUCGAGUUACGCGGAUAAAGGUACAGGUGAUGAAGACACGUUCGUUAAUUACGGCGUUAAUAUGAAUAAUCCAACUGAAAAUUUCAAAAAUUACGCUAGAGGAAGUUUAGGUGGGGUUGAAAAAUUCUCUAAUUAUAGAGAUCAAUCUAAUGUUGGUGCUGAUUCGUUUAGUUCUUAUGCUAAGGACUCAACAGGUGGGACCCAGGUUGAUUUUGAUAACUAUGGAAAAUCAUUUAACGAAGGAACCGACACUUUCAAAGGGUAUGCUAAAGGUGCUGAUGCAGAUCAUAAGGUAACUUUUACCGGUUAUGGUGUUAAUAACACUUUCAAGGAUUAUGAUAAAAAAGGGAUUUCUUUUGCUAAGUAUACUAAUGCUUCUUCUUCUUCCACUAAUUCUGUUAGUGACAGUGGUAGUAGUUUGGUAAAAAAAUGGGUUCAACCCGGUAAGUUUUUCCGCGAAAAGAUGUUGAAACAAGGUGUGGUUAUGCCUAUGCCUGAUAUCAAGGAUAAAUUGCCACAAAGGGCAUUUUUGCCUCGUACUAUUUUGACCAAAUUGCCCUUUGCGUCUUCUAAGUUGAAGCAAGUGUUUAAGGUGUCUGACAAUUCGUCUAUGGAUAAGAUGAUUGUGGAGUCUUUGAGUGAAUGUGAGAGGGCGCCGAGUAUGGGUGAGACAAAGCGUUGUGUUGGUUCGCUUGAGGAUAUGAUUGACUUUGCAACUUCAGUUUUGGGGCACAAUGUUACGGUUAGGUCCACUGAGAGUGUGAAUGGGUCAGGAAAGAAUGUUAUGGUUGGUCAGGUUAGAGGGAUAAAUGGGGGGAAAGUAACUGAAUCGGUGUCGUGUCAUCAGAGCUUAUUUCCUUAUUUGUUGUACUACUGUCACUCUGUCCCGAAGGUUCGAGUUUAUGAGGCUGAUCUUUUGGACCCUGCGUCUAAGGUCAAGAUUAACCAUGGUGUUGCUAUUUGUCACUUGGAUACAACCGCUUGGAGCCCCAGCCACGGUGCAUUCAUGGCUCUUGGGUCUGGUCCAGGUCGAAUUGAAGUGUGUCAUUGGAUCUUUGAGAAUGACAUGACUUGGACUACCGUCGACUAAAGUAGAAUCUCCCACCUUAAGUCAAUAACUUUUUAAUUCUAUGUCAUUCAUGUUCAGAAACUAGUUUUUCUUCUUAUUAUAUAUUACAAUAAUUGGUUUUUCCAUUUGAAGAAAGUGUAUUGUUUAUGAGCUUAUUAAUUAUAUAUAUGUGCACGUUUGGAUUAAAUGUGAGUUUGGGAUAAUUAUGAUGUGUCACUGUGAUUUUUUAAAAAAUUGACAUGUUUUAAUUCAAUAAAAUCAUCGUGAUACAUUCAUAAUUUUGUCAAACAUCCAAACAUACAUUAUGAGAUUCUCUUAUGUAAUUGUGUUAUAUAUGGGUUUCUAAUGAAUGAAAGUUAAAUGGGUUCCAUAAAA